CUCGGAAAAACCUAGCUAACUAGCUACUGUCUUUCAGCAUCAUCUAAACAUUAGCUAGCUUGUUAGUUAGCUUUUCUUAGCUAGUCAAACUCUUAGGAAAAAUAGAGCUCAUAGCCAAGUCAAUCUAUGAGUCGCAAACGAAACCACAGUUUCGCCGAAACGAGCCUGUCUCCUGAACUCCACGGCGGCUUCAUGGAGCCUCCCGGUUCAGCGAGCCGAGGCGACGGCGAUUUCCUGGAGCUGGAACACGACGAGGAGCUCCUCUGCUCGGUCAGCGACAUCACCGAGCACCUCGGUAGAAACAUCACCGUGGUGCUGGAGACAGCGCUGUCUGAGAUCCGCAAAAUGGUCAGCAUCAGGAUACGAGUCCUGAAAAUGGAGCUACGAGAGAAAACCGAAGAAAUUGAAGUCUUAAAGGCGAGACUAGAUACAGUCCAGCGGGAUGGCAGGGACCCUUUCCCCGGCGUUACGACCAUGGAGUCGUCUGCAGAUGCUGGCUUCAAGAAACAUGACUUCAGCUCAGGGAACAAACACAAUAGUGUUGACCCUAGGAGAGCCAAGGCUGUCAUGCCGGGGGUGAAGAAGGAGAACAUAGAUGCUAUUUGCGACUAUCUGAUGAAAGACAAGAACUCGAGGGGGUGUGCUGAAUUGGACGGAGACCAGAGCAGCCAAGCCAGCGGUGACCGAGAGGCUCGCCAAGAUCCGGACCCGCACUCCCUCAACCUGUGGCCCGACAGCGGCAUGGCUGGCUCCGGACACGGGCACGGAGACUCCGAGUCCACCACAGACGACCUGUUCAGUAUGCUCCCCUCCGGCAGCAAACGGAUGUAUGACUACGAAUGGAUAGCACCAAUGGAUUAUUCUUCAGAUCUGAAAGUCCUGAAAGAGCCCGAGUGUGAGAGCAGCCCGACGGCUCCAACCGAGGAAGAGGAGGACGAUGAGGAAGAAGAGGCGCUGAGGAGGGACGGGGCAGGGCUGGAGCCGGCCCAGGCCCCGCUGUCGCACGUCCAUCCCUCCGAGUUCUCCAUGGAGCCCCAGAGCUCUCCGGGGGAGGGGGGGAGUCCCCUGCAGGGCAGCACAAACAGGCCUGUGGCAGGCCAGCAGUUCCCCGGCCACACAUACAUCUGCUCUCUGUGUGGAACCUUCUGCCCUGACUCUGUGUUUCUAAAGGAGCACGUCAAACUGAUACACUCGGAUUCUGCAGGCGCCCAGGCUCUCCAGGCCCUGCAGUCCACCUGCUCGGCGGCGCCCGCCAUGGGGGACGGCAGCACUGACCCGAGGAGGGUGAGCGAGGAUGGCACUGGGGCUGUGCCUGGCGACGGUGGCAUGGCGCGGGGAGCGGCGCCUGUGAAAAAGGAGAUCAAAAUCGAGGGCGGGUACGAGUGCGGGGACUGCGGCCGCCACUUCAACUACCUUGGCAACCUGCGGCAGCACCAGCGCAUCCACACCGGGGAGAAGCCCUUCAUGUGUCCCGAGUGUGGCGAGCGCUUCCGCCAUGCCGCCCGCUUAAAAAGCCACCGGCUGGUGCACAGCAGCGCGCAGAGCCCCUUCCCGUGCCCCCAGUGCGGGAAAGGCUUCUCAGUGCUGUCGGGACUCAAGAGACACCAGCGGGUGCACACGGGCGAGAGCCCGUACGCCUGUCCACAGUGCGGCCGGCGCUUUAAGGAGCUGGGGAACCUGUACACCCACCAGAGGAUCCACAGCGGCGCCACGCCCUACUGCUGCCAGCAGUGCGGCCGCAGCUUCCGCCACCUGGGGACGUACAAGAGCCACCGCUGCACGCCGCUAGGGGUGUAAAUCACAAGUUGUUUUUUCUAUCACAAUAUGGUAUUAUAUUGAUUCUUUGGACAACGGUCGGAUAUUAGCUAAUGUCUCAAAGUCUGUCGCGAUACAAUGGCCGUUCAAUUCAGGGGGCCUGCGAUCGAUGAGACGAUAUCCUGCGCCCGUUUAACACACUUACACUACUAGGGAUAUAACGGUAUGAAAAUGUAACCUCACGGUGAGAGUGACCAAAAGGAUCACGGUAUAAUCGCUGUAUUUUUAAAAGUGUCUUUAAUGCCUUUAGCAGCAACUUUAUUUCCUGCACGUCCUGCAUACAGAAUAUUUAUCUUUAAUUGAUGGGGUGGCCUCUAGCUCACCCAGUAAGAGCGUGCACCCAUGUAGGCCGGGUCCUGCAGCAGCCCGGGUUCAAAUACUUACCUGCGGCUCUUUGCUGCAUGUCAUCCCCCAUCUCUCUCCCAACUUUCCUGUCUAUCUACUGUCACUCAAAGGGGAAAAGCCCCC